AAUCUCUUAAUAAAUACUUAAAUACUCCUUCUAGAAAGUCAGUCGUUUUUCUUGUAUCUACUCAUCAAGCUUAGACACAUGUAGAAAACUAUAUAUUUGAAAGCACCCACGCAUUGAGUAUGGAUCAUUACUACAACAGUCACCUCUACGACAUCUCCCAACUGGACCCCGUGCCGGAGAGCUAUAACCUUGACGAAAACGACGUCGACAUUUUUGAAUCUACUGUACAAGAGCCCCUGGUUCUGGAAUUCGACCACCCAUUGGCACGAGUAGUUGAUGAGCUUAAGCUAUCCGCCCUAAAUGAGUUCUAUCUUGAGAAGAGUCGGUCUGAGACGUUCCCCCAGAGGAACUUAGGCGUGGAGCAGAGAGCCGGUAACUUUCAAGGCUCCAUCCUGGGAGACGCCCAAUUCCCCUUGAAACGUCAGUUUGCAUGUCCAUUCUACCGAUGGGAUCCAGUAAAGCACAUGUCAUGUUUCACGAGAUUGAGCCUCCGAGGUAUUACAGGUGUCAAACAGCACCUUUGGAACACUCAUAGGCUACCGCCUUAUUGCCCAAUGUGCGGGAAAACUUUCCCCACGGUGACUCGUUGCGAUAGUCAUAUUCGACACCGAAAGUGUGGCCCACGGGAGUCGCCGACACCUGAAGGCAUAACCAUACAGCAGGUUCAACAGCUGGUUCAACCUACUGACGCUCGGAACCCUGAAGAGCUGCAAUGGCUAUAUAUCUGGACAAUCGUUUUCCCCGGAGCAGACUUGCCAGCCGUAACUUAUCCUUCGGGCGCCAUAGAGUCUGCAGUUUGCCAAUUUCGAGAUUACUGGGCGUACAACGGGGAAAAGCUUGUGUCUGACUUUCUCGAAGCGAAGGGCUUCCACAAUUACAAUCUACAAGACGAGGACCACAGUUUCGCAGCACUGUACACCACCGUCCUCUACCAAGCAACUGACUACCUAGUUGAGAGUAUAUCGCACAAAAAUUCCAACGAAACCAUCGGAGGGUUAAGCAGGUCUUAACACAACCAACUCCCUAAGAUUUACUAUGUCGGGAUCGACAUUAGACUGUACAAUACAACCCGUGCUUUGGGAAGAGCGGCAUACUCGGAUCGGCAUCACUUGGUUUUGAUUUUUCGCCCCUUAGAUUUCUUUAUCUUACAUCAGGUGUUCUAGCCUUCUAGAAAGGCAAGUAAGAAAAAAAAAAUGCAUUCAACUAUUUUAG